UAUAUACGCGCCGCCUACAGGUUUGCCGGGAAAAUUAGGAAGAAAGAAAGAAAGAAAGCUGGUUAAACCCUAGAGAAAUUUGUUCGUCGCAUUGCAUGCUGUCAUCGCUCCUUUCCCGCCGGGAAAAAUACUUUCUUUCAUCACCUGCACUUCAGACAAUAUCAGGAACAGAGGUAGCUGAAGUUGCGAUUUAAGGAAAUGGCGGAGGAGCAGGAGAAAACUGAAGCACAACUCAAGCCAAAUCUUAAAAAGCGCAAGAAGGAAGCUUUUCCCUUUGGCAAUUAUAAAAGCUACUAUGGCUAUCGGAUAGGUCAAAAUUUGGUGGAAGAUCCUCGUCUAAAGGUUUUCAAGAAAGAAUGGUUUGAAGGCAAGGAUUGCUUGGACAUUGGUUGCAAUAAUGGCGUAGUUACCAUUCAGAUAGCUAGAAAGUUUAACUGUCGGAGUAUGCUUGGUGUUGAUAUUGAUUCUGAUCGAAUUGAUGAUGCAUACUGGAAUCUUAAAAAGGCUACAAAAUUGGUAGUUGGGCAAUCUGUUAAUGGUUUGGAGCUUGGUGCUUCUGGAGUUCCAAAGGUAGAUACAGAAGAUCCUACAAGUACUUGUUCAUCUAAGGCACAAAAUCUUCGCAAGGUUAUCUCUUUUCGACAACGGAACUUUAUAUUUAAUGAUCAUCCAUCUGAUAAGCAUUACGAUACCAUUCUUUGUAUGCUGUAUUUUCUGUACUGCAGUUUGAGUGUAACGAAGUGGAUUCAUCUAAAUUGGGGAGAUGAUGGAUUAAUUACAUUGUUUUCCAAGAUUUGGAGACUUCUUCGCCCGGGUGGCAUGUUUGUGUUGGAGCCUCAACCAUGGAAGUCUUAUGAAACCAACUACACCGUUUCCGAGACAACUAAAAAUAACUUCAGGACUAUAAAGCUCCAUCCAGAAGAUUUCCAAGACAUACUCCUAGACAAGAUUGGGUUCAGAACAGUUGAAGACCUAACACCCGGCUUGUCGGAGAGCAAUGCAGGAGGAUUCAACAGACCAAUUUUCGUUUUCCAGAAGUGAUUUUGUUUGUGGUAUGGACUUCUGAACCAGUUGAAAUAUCAAGAGCCAUCAGCUGGUGUUUAGAAGUAGUUGAUUACAAAUUUACAAGAGCCUUAUUUAGUUGAAAAUAUAUAUCACAUUUCCCAAACGUAGUAAAGAGUGGUUGUUCGUUAAGGGUGCAGUGGGGAUAUCCUUUACUUAUGCAUAGGCGCCUUCCAAAGGCUCGAAAGUUUCUGGUUUUUGACAUUUACACAAUUAUCCUUAUGAAUGUUUUGAUCACUGAUGUAUAUUAGUAUUCAUGUACUAUAAGAUCAGCUCUAGGAAAAAUUAUUCUUAA